AAUCUUUCUCACUCAAAACCCUAAAACUAUUUCCCUUCCCCUUAAACUCGAAUCGAAAGGCAUCAUUAUCAGAUCAGAACAGAACAAGUUCGCUCCCCCCAAAAUUAAAACCCUAACCUUCGAACAACCUCUCACCGCUACGCCACCGAUCCCUAUUUUCCCUCUUCAAUCUAUCAAAGAACAACAGAAUGAGUAGACGCUCCAGCAGAACCGUCUAUGUUGGUAAUCUACCUGGCGAUAUCCGUGAAAGAGAAGUUGAAGAUUUGUUUAUGAAGUAUGGACACAUAACUCACAUUGACCUAAAGGUUCCACCAAGGCCUCCUGGUUAUGCAUUUGUAGAGUUUGAAGAUUAUCAAGAUGCUGAGGAUGCAAUUCGCGGGCGUGAUGGCUAUGAUUUUGAUGGGCACCGGUUACGGGUGGAGGCUGCUCAUGGUGGUCGUGGUACUGGUAAUUCAUCUUCAAGAGAUCGAUAUAGUAGUCACACCAAUGGCCGGGGUGGACGUGGAGUAUCCAGACGUUUUGAAUAUCGCGUUCUAGUCAAUGGGUUGCCCUCUUCUGCAUCCUGGCAGGAUCUUAAGGUGAAAUAG